UACUGUCCCCGCAUUUCUUUUACAUUUUUUUUCUUUACGCUGCAUGGACAGUUAAUCAAGUGCGCCUCGCUUCCUUUGCGCGGGUGUCCUCACUCAGUUGCUUCACCGGUCCCUCCGUCACUCCCUCCCUCUUCUCCAGCUUCAACAUUUGUGAAGUGGCUGCCUCACCCGGUCGGACCGGAGGCCGUCUGGUCUCUGAUCUGGUCUGUGGAGUCACCGGAGACUCGACGCGCUCCGUCGGGGCCAGGUUGUGCGCCUCACGGAUCAGACCCGAGCCACCCCGAGCUCUAGCAAUGGAGAUGAUGGAGGGAGACGUUAUGGACAAGCUGGAGGACAUGUCCUCGGUGUACGACUUCGACCCGAUCACCGGCAACAUCCCCGCUACCAAAGUAGAAAUCACCGUCUCCUGCAGAAAUCUGCUGGAUAAAGACACAUUCUCCAAGUCAGAUCCAUUAUGCGUGCUCUAUACACAAGGUGUGGAAACCAAACAGUGGAGAGAGUUUGGCAGAACGGAGGUGAUAGACAACACCCUAAACCCAGACUUUGUUAGAAAGUACAUCUUGGACUACUUUUUUGAGGAGAAGCAGAACCUUCGCUUCGACUUGUAUGAUGUGGACUCCAAAAGUCCAGACCUGUCCAAACAUGACUUUUUGGGUCAGACGUUCUGUACUCUCGGUGAGAUUGUUGGAUCACCAGCCAGUCGACUGGAGAAACCACUGGGGGGGAUCCCAGGGAAGAAAUGUGGUACUAUCAUCCUGUCUGCAGAGGAGCUGAGCAAUUGUCGAGACAGUGCCACUAUGCAGUUCUGUGCCAACAAGCUGGACAAGAAGGACUUUUUUGGCAAGUCUGACCCAUUCAUGGUCUUCUACAGAAGCAACGAGGACGGAACGUUUACUAUCUGCCAUAAAACAGAGGUGGUGAAGAACACAUUAAAUCCAGUGUGGCAACCUUUCACCAUCCCAGUACGAGCACUCUGCAACGGAGACUACGACAGAACAAUCAAGGUGGAGGUGUAUGACUGGGAUCGGGAUGGGAGCCAUGAUUUCAUUGGGGAUUUUACAACCAGCUACCGAGAGCUAGCUCGAGGGCAGAGCCAGUUCAAUGUGUAUGAGGUAAUUAAUACCAAGAAGAAAAUGAAGAAAAAGAAAUAUGUCAACUCUGGAACAGUAACCCUGCUCUCAUUCUCAGUGGAGUCAGAGUUCACAUUCUUAGAUUACAUCAAAGGAGGGACACAGAUCAAUUUCACUGUGGCCAUCGAUUUCACAGCAUCUAAUGGUAACCCCUCUCAGUCCACUUCGCUGCACUACAUGAACCCAUACCAGCUGAACGCCUACGCCAUGGCCCUGAAGGCAGUCGGGGAGAUCAUUCAGGACUACGACAGUGACAAGAUGUUCCCCGCUCUGGGCUUUGGAGCCAAACUGCCCCCUGAUGGGCGGGUGUCACACGAGUUCCCACUGAAUGGGAACAUGGAAAAUCCGUACUGCAAUGGUAUCGAAGGCAUCUUAGAGGCAUACCACCAGAGUCUAAAGACAGUGCAGCUGUAUGGGCCCACUAACUUCGCUCCUGUAGUGAACCAUGUGGCCAGGUAUGCAGCAGCGGUGCAGGACGGCUCUCAGUACUUUGUGCUCCUCAUCAUCACAGACGGCGUCAUUUCCGACAUGGCCCAGACCAAAGAGGCCAUUGUAAAUGGUGCCAAGCUUCCCAUGUCCAUCAUCAUAGUCGGAGUGGGUCAGGCUGAGUUUGACGCUAUGGUGGAGCUGGAUGGCGAUGACAUCAGGAUCUCAUCCCGAGGGAAGCUGGCAGAAAGAGACAUUGUUCAGUUUGUUCCCUUCAGAGAUUAUAUGGACCGGACAGGCAACCACGUGUUGAGCAUGGCACGGCUCGCCAAAGACGUGCUAGCAGAGAUCCCCGACCAGUUCAUCUCGUACAUGAAGAGCCGAGGGAUCAAACCCAACCCGGCUCCGCCUCCCUACACACCACCUGGACACACACACCACCACACGCAGAUCUGAAGACCCCUGAGGACUGACCGCAUGCAGCAGCCACUCAAGAGUCCAGUGGGAACUCUCUACCUCCUGUUUUUUGGUGCAAACAGGAGACAACGCACCAGGAAGUGGGUGUUGAAUUUUGUGCCGUAUCCUCCCAGUGACUAUUGGAGCAACAUUUUGUUUUUGUUUUGUUCUGUUUUUUUAAAAUCGUUUUUGUUUUUCUGUGAUAUAUUCAUUUGGCGAGUUUCUCUUGAAGAGAGGCUAGCAGUCUUUCCAGGACUUGUUGGUGAAAGCCUUUUAAUCAACACUGAGGCAGUGACUGUUUCACAUCUAAUUUGACAGCAAGUUGGUUCAAAAAGGUCAUGUUGUGGUUAAAACUUGUGCCUGUCUGUGGUUGUUUCUCUAAAUGUAUCAGGACAUGUGAACUUUGACCUAAAGCCUUGCUUGUCAGUCAUUUGUGUGGCCUAAUACAGUAAUAUUUCUUAGGCACCUUUUCCCUUCUGGAAUUAGUUUUUUAUAUUUGUGGGAUUAUCUCCACAUCUGCUGAUGCAUCAGUUGCAAUGGAGGAAAAACUAAAGGUGUGUAGUUUACAGUUUACUUUUAACAUUAAUUAGGCUUUUCAUACCAUGAGGUAUCACCUCCUACCUUCUUUAUUAAGUAAAUGUUUAUAAGAGCAUGUUGUAUGAGAAUUUAAUUGCCCAUAUCCAGUAUAUUUAUUCUCGAAUGUUAUUCAGAGUGGCAUGGACAUUUGAUAGAUCUGUUUUGAGUACCAUAAACUUAAUCAAUUUUGAAGUGGUCACUAAUUAUUUUCAAGCGAUUGCAUAUAAAAAGCACAACCUGUCUCUACACCAAGAUUUAUGAUGAUGCUAUCAUAUUUAAUCCUUGAGUGCUGCUAUUCAUUAUUUCUGAACAGAACCCAAUUUAUUCAUGUAAGUCAAAUAUCUUUGUACUGCAUUUGUACUGCAGCUGCAAUUCAACAUAAUAUAUUAUUUACAACAGGCAUGUUCAGGGUUCUCACAGAUAGAUUCCCAUCACAGAGGAUGUUGCACAAGCAUUAACCAGUAAAUCAGAACCACUUUUAACCAUUUUAUAAUCCACAAGUUUACUGAUUUUGUAACAUAUCAAUGCAAAAUAUAUUAGCACCUAAAGAAAAGACAGAAAUUUAAAAUGUGUAAAAGAGAGAGAAAAAUGACACAAAAUAUAAUAAAACAUACCCUAAUUACUAUCCAAGGCUGAAUUACCAACCAAGAAAAGCAACCCAGAAUCCGACAGGUUCACUAUAGGCAAUUACUUGAAGUAAUUUGAUUAAUUGCCAUUUUCUGGUAAUACACACCAUUAAUGCACAGUAUAAAGAGAAAUAACAAGAGCCUUAAGGUGAUGAUUUUUAGCUAAUCUUGAUGGUCUGACCUGUCUGUAAUGGGGCAUUAUGUCAAAAUCUGGUCUUAAUACCCUUAUUUCUGUUCAUUCAAAAUAUCACAAUCUAACUGACACAGCAGUGGUGCAGGAUGGCAUUAAGAUGUAGAAACAUUUAUGUAGUAUUUCUACAUUGGAGUACUGACCUGCCCCUCAGGAAACUGAAAGUGGCUGGUGACUGAAAGGGCCCUUGGCUCAUUUUUGCUCCGUGGCCCAGUAGUAGGUUAAUACGGCCCUGGUACUAUCCCAAAAACACCACUUCUGCAACCCAGACACUCCUGUGUCUCUACAGCUACAGGAUUUAUGUUCAUUACAGUCACGACAUUAGUAAUUCUUUCAUGUGUAAACACAUUAACAGUCUGUCUAUGCCACAGGGUAAAGAUAGAUGGUUUUGUGCUAAACAUUGUUUGGCUUUCUGUGGCCUCCUACCAUCAGUGACGUCAGCUCAGUGUGAAGAAACAAAAACAAACUGGGUUCCAUGUAGCAAAUCCAAUUUUACCGCAUCAGUAACGAAGCCUGUAAUUCGAGAUUCAUCCAUGCACAAUGAUGCAACAACAAUCCCUGACAGUUCUGUGAUGUGCUGCCUGACAAAAAUCCAGAGAUCAUAAAAAUGAAGAAAAUUAAAGGAUUAGAUCCAUGUAAAUGCAUCUCUUCCUCUUGAUCAGUAAGCCCACAGGGUACAUACAGUGAGCAGUAUUAUAUUUAACAGCCACAAGGAGAGCAGAGGUUUUGAUAAAAGUACAGAAUUCAAUGUAUGACUCAGAUCUACUUUAAGCCUUGUACUUAAAGGGACAGGACACCCUAAAUUUAUGAAAAUCAUUAAAUAGAUGAAGAAAACUGGAAGCAUAACUAGGGAUUUUCAUUGGAUGAAGAUCCUUCAUUUUCCACUUUCAGUUUAUUCUAAUGCUGAAAUAUCUCAACAGCUAUACUAACAGCAGAUUGUUGGUUCAAACAUUCAUGGUUCACAAAGGAUGAAAUGUAUUUAUGACCAAAUACUUUCAAAAACUAAUAACAUACAGAUCAGCCUCAGCUCUACUUUGUGCUUAGCGCGUGUUAGCAUGCUAACACAUUAAAUAUGAUGAGGAACAUUACCUGCUAAACAUCAGUCUAUUAGCAUUGUCAUUGUGAGCUGAUGUUACAAUUUAACUCCAAUCAACGCUUUCACUUAAACUUAAUGGUCUUUGCAUACAGGGAGUUUUUCUGUGAUUAGUUCACAUGUCAGUAUAUUUUGUAUAAUAACUGCUGUUUUUGUCAUGGGUACUCAUGCAAAAAAACAAUAUUAUUACACGCAGGAUCAGCUACUUUGUAUUAGCAGAUGACUACUUGGCAUUUUCAUGUGGUUCAUUCGUCACACCUCCAGUGUGUAAAAAUAUUUACUUCCACUUGUUUUUCGAUGUUUGUGCUCUUUCACAGCAGCCAUUGUUCCUCUCUUAUUAUUCCAGAUUCACUUGGUUUUGUUUGUUUGUCCCUUAACCUUCAUGUUCCCCUCACUAGUGUAGAGAGCAAAGAAAUGCAAAAACAAUGUUACAAUGAUGAUAAUGGGCUGUAAAAGGUGUCCUUUCCUUUUAAACCGACAAGAUAAGGCAGAGGCAUAAUUAAUCUGAGCUGAAAAGGUUCUAUUCUGAUGUCUAAUGUAGCAAACUAAAGGCCUUAAUGGCGUGAAAGGCAGUCACUCCAUCUCAUUUAGUCCUGUAUUGAAAAGCAGUUCAGGUGGAUAACUAUGGCUCUAAGUUAAAUAGAUAAUGGUGGUCAAAAUGGCAAACAGCAAUUUGCUUGUAGGUUUUUGUAUAGCAUAUGAGAGUCAACAGUUGAAAAGAUAAGAGUGGAUAUUUGUUCUGAAUGUAAAGUGCAAUGCUAACAGCUGGUUUGCAUCUAGAUCCCAUCAGCACUUUAUCCUCAAAAAGGAGUGCUUCUUGUAUAUGUUUGAUAUAUUUUCGGGAAUAUUGCUGUAUUGAAGAUAUUUAUUUAUUUUUGGAGUGUGUAUGAACAAGCCAUCGCUCCUGCUGUGUCCACGUCAACACAGUAACUUCAUCUCCCCUUAAAGCCUUGACUUAUACUGGCGUGAUAGAUCGACUGCAUGUUUUCUCCAGGUGCAAUGAGAGUGUUUUUACUCACGGUGCCGCCAUCUGUAAAAUAGGAACCAGCCCAGCCAGAUUACAUGCAUGUCAGUGCCAAACAUGGCAGUAAGCUCUGUGGACUGUUUGCUAUUUCUUCUCUCUUGUGCCUGGUUCUCCAAACAUUUCUCGUCUCACCAGUGGUUGAAAAAACUGUAGCUAAUGAGCAUGUUACAGUUAACACAUUUUCUACAUUAAUUUUUUUUUUGUCUAAUCCCACAGUUUCUCUUUGUUGUUUAUAUCUCUUGAGUUUUCUGGUUUGCAUGACUCCCUGCUUUCCUUUAAAAGGGUUUUUAUUGUACAUGAUUAUUGUCAUAUGGUGGGUUGUGAAAUGCUUUGUAUUGGAUUGCCUUAAAUGAAAAUUAAUUAAAAAAUGACUACUUUU